AGUACAAAUCUAGAUCUGUCCUAUAUAUUUUUUUUUUCCCUUCAUUGAACCGUGCUUUGUAUGAUGUCUGAGAAUGUCCAUUUCUGGGACUCUUAGCAAUUACUAUGUCGACUCUAUUAUAAGUCAUGAAAGUGAAGACUCGCCUUCAGCUAAAUUUUCAUCUGGGCAAUAUACAAGUUCCAGGCAAGCUGGGCACAAUGAACAUCUAGAAUUCCCCUCUUGUAGUUUUCAGCCAAAACCUCCAGUUUUCAGCGCCUCCUGGACUCCUUUGAAUCCACAUUCUUCUGGUACCCUUCCUGCCGUCUACCAUCCAUAUAUUCAACAUCAAAGCGUCCCAUCUGAUAGCAGGUAUCUACGGAGCUGGCUGGAUCCAGUGCCCAGAGCAGAGACCCUCCCCGGGCAGGGAUCUGUUAAGGCUGAGCCGCUGCUGGGCCGUCCCGGGGAUGUCCAUAAACAGGGAACACAGGAGUACAAUUUAGAAACUUCUGCUGCAAGGGAAGGGAUCGUUUCCAAUCAAAGGCCCAGCUUCGAGGACAAUAAAGUUUGUGAAGGAAGCGAAGACAAAGACAGAACAGAUCAAAAGUCCAGAGCGGACAAAAGCUGGAUCGAGUCGUCCUCUUUCCUACAGAGCGCUGACUCCGGCAGCGGAGAUCACUGCUCCAACCCAGCUGCCAGCUGGCUGCACGCCCGCUCCUCCAGGAAAAAACGAUGCCCUUACACGAAAUACCAGACCCUGGAACUAGAGAAGGAGUUUUUAUUCAAUAUGUACCUGACGAGGGACCGUAGACACGAAGUGGCCAGGCUCCUCAACCUGAGUGAGAGACAAGUCAAAAUCUGGUUUCAGAACCGAAGGAUGAAAAUGAAGAAAAUGAACAAGGAGCAGGGCAAGGAGUGAAAAGCAGCAGAGCAGCACCCUCCCCUCCCUCCCCCUUCCCUCCCCCCCCACCUCCCCUACCAGCUCCGAGCACCCGAGCUGUAGUGCUAACACAUAACCCGAACCACGGGGAAAACCUUCCCAUUUCCCAUCUCCACCUUUGCAUGCGAGAUGUUGCUUAUUAUCCUUUUUAUCUCCUUAGCGUUGCCACGUAGGAGGCAACUUAGCAAAAAAAAAAAGCGCAGCUCCUCUUCGGGGGCCCAUGCUGGGUUUUGUUUCUAUUCUCUUGUUGUCUUUCUCUCUAUUUUUUUUUUUUCCUUCUCCCCACAGUGUAACACAGAAUCAGGCUCCUGUCGGAGCAGCAGCUUUCCCUGCUUGCAUUUUCUCCAUGGAAGGCAAGACGGCAAACAUCACCGGCCCCAAACAGCCCCGCUCCAAGCCCCCACCAAAGCACGCUGCCUUUCUUUCUCCACGUAAGGACAAUGAUUCCCGAGCACACUCACAGCACCCGGCGCGCACACGCACACACACACACACACACACAAACACACACGCACAUGGAGGUGGCCGAGGAACCCGAGGAUUUAAUUAAACUGCCGCAAGACAGACACAUCCGUAAGGCUUGCGUUUCAUUGCACCCAACAAAUCAUUUUCAAUUCGUCAACUUUACAGUGGGCAAAUCGCUCCGUGACAGCCCCCACUCCCAACUGCGCUGGGAUUCUUUUUUUCUUUUUCUUUUCUUCUUCUUUCUUUCUUUUUUUUUUUUUUCGGUUUGUUUUAUGAUGCGGGAUUUUAUUUCCAUCUUGCCAUGGUAGAUAUGUGACUUUGACCUGAAAGUUUAGCAGGAUCCUUCCAGGCAAACCCCCCCCCCCCCACCACCACCCUCCCACCUCAUCUGGUAUUUUUAUACUGGGUCACUUGGAAGAGGAGAGCAGACGGGGAGGGAGGCGAGAGACUGUGUGGGGGGCACACUCAGAGCCGCAUUGUAAAUUAUUUAGGAGAAAAAGGGGCGGAAGAACCCCUGCCAACUUAUCCCUAACUUUUAGAGGGGAGGAAGAAUGGGAUUUUCUAGUUAAAAAACUACCUUCGUAGAGCUAUAGGGGAGGGGAAGGUUGUGUUCUUAGUGCUAGCAUAUUUAUAAUUUAUUGUGAAUUGACUUUUCCUAAAGCAGUAGGCUGUUGCAGAGAUAAAGUGCCAACCCUAGCGUGUGUGUAUUUCUUCCCCUCCUGUUUGCUGAGACGCUGUUAACGCUCGGGUGCUGCGGGGUUUGGGCUGCAGCGGUUCCUGGCUCAUUCCCCCAGCGCGACCACUCCGCUCCGGGGCCUGGGGCCGCUCCGGGGCCGCCGCAUCCAUCCCCAUCUCCAUCCCUAUCCCUAUCCCUGCUCCCAUCCCCGUCCCCAUCCAUAUCCCCAACCCCAUCUCCACCCGUAUCCCCGUUCCCAUCCCUAUCCCCGUCCCCGUCCCCAUCCCGGCUCAACGAGCUGCACCAGGAGCUGCGGCGGCUCCGAACCCCCCCACCCCCCGCCGCCUUCUCCCGAAAAGCACCGGCUAUAGCCCACCCAGCCCCGAUGGUUUACGGCGAGGGCUCCCGGCAUGCAGGACGGAUGCUUUCUGCUCUGACAGAUCCGCUGCAGGUUUUCCCCCAACUCUGCGGGACUGGGUUUCCUUUAUCUCUGUAAGACUUCACUUUGUUUUGGG